AUGAACCAAACUGCGUCCGUCUCUCAUCAGAUUGACUGUCAGCCGGUCAAGGAUACCAAGGAGUUCGUGGACGUCAGCCCGCCGCAGAGGAACUGGAAGGGCAUCGCCAUCUCUCUGCUGGUGAUCGUGGUGGUCUGCUCGCUCAUCACCAUGUCUGUGGUCGUCCUCACACCUGUGGAGCUCCCUGGCAGCAGCAAGUCCAGGCUGACCGUGGCAGACCUGUACAAACCAGAGUUCAGUGUUCACGACCCUGAGGCCAUGUGGAUCAGCGAUUCAGAGGUGGUGUACAGAAACCGCGACGGUCACGUCAUCAAGUUUAACUUCGCUCUGAACGAGACGGAGGUCCUUCUGAGCAACAGCACGUUUAUGGCUUUCAAGGUGGCAAAGUUCUCGCUCUCUGCAGACCUGAAGUACGUUCUCUUCGCUUACGAUGUCAAACAGAUCUACAGAUAUUCCUACACGGCGUCCUACAUCGUUUACAACAUCUACACGAGGGAAGUAUGGGAGCUGAACCCUCCGGAGGUUCACAACGCAGUGCUCCAACACGCAGCGUGGGGAAGACAAGGACAACAGCUGAUCUACAUAUUUGAGAAUAACAUCUACUACCAGUCAGACGUGAGGAGCAACUCUCUGAGAAUCACCUCCUCCGGGACGGAGGGAGUCAUCUUCAACGGGCUCGCCGACUGGUUGUACGAAGAGGAGAUUCUGCGUUCACACUUGGCUCACUGGUGGUCGCCUGACGGAGAGAAACUGGCUUUCCUCACCAUCAACGACACCCUGGUACCCAGCAUGGUUCUGCCCCAGUUCACCGGCACCACCUACCCUAAAGGACUACAGUACCCGUAUCCGAUGGCCGGUCAGACAAACCCUGCCGUCAGGCUGUCUGUGGUCAACCUGAUUGGAGCAACACACACUCAAGAGCUGCAGCCUCCGGAUCAACUCAGGCUCAGGGAUUUCUACAUCACCAUGGUGAAGUGGAUCAGUAAUACCCACCUCGCAGUGCGGUGGCUCAGCCGGUCCCAGAAUGCUUCGCUGCUGACGGUGUGUGACACCACCAUCGGGGCCUGUCUUCAGAGACACGAGGACUCCUCGCAGACCUGGCUGUCCAGACAGAGACAGGAACCGCUGUUCUCCGAGGACAGGAGCAGGUUUUUCCUCACUCUGCCCGUGAGACAGGGAGGACAGGGAGACUUCCAGCACAUCACCAUGUUCACCAGGAAGUUACGAAGCGACCACGACGAAGUCCGACACUUAACGUCAGGAGGCUGGGAGGUGACAAAGAUCGUAGCUUACGAUGAAAACAACCAGAUCAUAUACUUUCUGAGCACAGAGGACUCUGCACAACAGAGACAUUUAUACAGUGUGUCCACACUGGGCCUGUUUCCACGGCGAUGCCUCACCUGUGGACUGAAGGACGAGUGUCUGUUCUUCGACGCCGACGUCAGCCCCGACGCCCAGCACGCCAUCCUGUACUGUAAAGGUCCUGGAGUUCCAGCUGUGCUGCUUCUCAGUUUUGAAGACGUGGACUCGUAUUUCAUCCUGGAGAACAACCUCCCUCUGCGGUCGGCGCUGGAGACUAAAAAGACCAUUCGGACGGAAAUCCGGAUGAUCGCUAACGACAACUUUGAGCUGCCUCUGAAGCUCAUCUAUCCUCCUGACUUCUCGGAGUCCUUCCUCUACGGCCUCCUGCUCGUCGUCGGCAGCUCUCCAGGCGAGCAGGUGGUCACAGAGGAGUUCAGGCCGGACUGGGACUGGGCGCUGGUGGGUUCAGAGCAGGUCAUCGUAGCGCGACUCGACGGCCGAGGGUCCGGCUUCAGAGGUCAAAGGGUUUUGCAGCAGGUCCAUCAGGGGCUCGGCUCGGUGGACGCAGAGGACCAGAUCGCAGCUCUGGAGUACCUGUCGAAGCUGCCGUUCAUCGAUCGCACUCGAGUCGGGGUCUUCGGAGAGGACUACGGCGGCUUCCUCACGCUGAUGAUGCUGAAGUCGACGGAGAAGCUGAUCAGAUGUGCUGCCGCUCAGGCUCCGGUCAUUGACUGGUCCAUGUACGCUUCUGCGUUCUCGGAGAGAUUCCUCGGCUCACCUUCAACUGAGGAGAGCAAAUACCAAGCAUCGAAAGUCCUGCCCAACAUGAAAGGUCUGCAGGGAGGAACUCUGUUUCUGGCUCACGGCACUGCUGAUGCGAACGUUCACUUUCAGCACUCGGCAGAGCUCAUAAAACACUUAAUAAAGAUCGGAGCCAACUACACUAUGCAGAUCUACCCAGACGAGGGACACUUCCUGUCCAGACGCAGCCAGAUUCAGCUGACUCACUCCCUCGUUGGUUAUUUUAGAGGAUGUCUGCUCGACGCGUCGUCAUUACUCGACCAACAGCGACAGGACGACGAGUGA